AUGAAAGAAGGAAAGAAGUCAACGAUCCAGAAAGCACAUGAGAUCUUCAAGGAGUAUGUGGCUGCGGCUGCUCCUAAAGAGGUGAAUCUUGACUCGGACACGCGAGCUGCUACGAAAGCAGCGAUGGAGAGCGGCUGCAAGACGGACACAUUUAGUCUGGCACAAAGUCGCAUUGAGCAAUUGAUGGCGAAGGAUUCAUAUCGCCGAUUUCUCAAAGAUCCGCUCUACCUCGAAUUAGCGGAAGGCUUGGAAAGCGGCGAAAAUUCGCCAAAGACUGUGCAAAAGUAA